GGUUUAAUCAGCAUUGAUACAGCUGAGCAAGCCAUCCAAUUGGUCCAUGAUGUACAAAAGGUCUUUGUCAAAGGAAAAUUACAUCUACACAAAUUUGUGUCCAAUAGCAGAGAAGUCUUGGAUUCUAUUCCUGAGAGUGAACGUGCUAGCAUAGUAAGGGAUGUUGAUUUGAAUUACAAUGAGCUUCCAAUGCAGAGUGUAUUGGGGGUAAAGUGGAACGUAGAAACGGACACAUUCUCGUUCAAUGUCGUUCUCAGUGGAAGGUCAGCCACUCGACGAGGAAUCUUAUCUGCAGUUGCAAGUAUAUUUGACCCAUUGGGAUUUUUAUCUCCUUUUAUAUUGACUGGAAAGAGAAUCCUUCAAGAAAUGUGCAAACGUGGUGUGGGAUGGGAUGAACCUCUUCCACCUGAACUGAAGCCCAAAUGGGAGAAUUGGCUUCAAGACUUGGAAAAUCUGCAGCAAAUUCAAAUACCAAGAUGUGUCAUUCCUAAGAACAUUGGCAUAAUCCAAAAAAUUGAACUGCAUCAUUUUUCAGAUGCCAGUACUGAAGGCUAUGGGCAAUGCUCGUAUAUUAGAAUUGUCACUGAUGAGCAGGUUCAUUGUGCACUGAUCAUGGGAAAGGCUAGGGUAGUACCCUCUAAGGUUGUCAGCAUACCACGGCUUGAGCUCACUGCAGCUACAGUCUCUGCCGCAGUAAGUAGCAUCCUCAGAGAAGAGCUAACUCUGAAAAUAGAUCAGGAAUUCUUCUGGACAGAUUCUAAAGUGGUGCUUGGAUAUAUCAAGAAUGAAGCCAAGCGCUUUCAUGUAUUUGUUGCCAAUCGUGUCCAAAGAAUAAGAGAUUCUACAGACCCAGGUCAAUGGUUCUAUGUGGACACAAGUCAAAAUCCUGCAGAUCAUGCAUCUAGGGGUCUCACGGUGGCAGGUCUGCUAAACUCAAUUUGGCUAACAGGACCUACAUUCUUAUGGGAACGAGAGCUAGCAAUACGUGAGGCUUCCCCAGAGCUUCUAGUAGGAGACCCAGAGGUAAAGGUCCUGAAAACUGAUGCCUUUAUGAAGGACAGCUUCUUUGGAAGGCUUUCGAGAAUUUCAGACUGGAACACAGCACUCAACGUCAUAGCCCGCAUCCAAAGAUGGCCUAAGAAAGAUAGGACAGGUCCUAUCACUGUAGAGGAAAGAGAGAAGGCUGCUCAUGCACUUAUCAGAGCAACACAAAGGGAAAAUUUUGAAGAAGUGUUCAAAUUGUUUAGUCAAAGGUCUGCAAAUUUGCCAAAGACUCACAAGCUAUACCAACUAGAUCCUAUCAUAGAAAAUGGGUUGCUCAGGGUUGGAGGACGACUGAGAAAGUCUUCUGCAUCGUUUGAUUCUAAACACCCAAUAAUCCUUCCUAAGGAAGGCUUUGUCACCCAACUUAUACUUGACAACUGUCAUAAGAACACUCAGCAUCAAGGCCGAGGUCAAACACUGAAUCAACUCAGGGCCUGUGGAUACUGGACAAUAAGUGCGAGCAAAGUGGUUGCCAAGCACAUCAAACAUUGUGUCACAUGCAGAAAGGCACGUGGUCAAACUGAAGAACAACGUAUGGCAGACUUACCUGUGGACCGUGUUGAGCCAUCACCCCCAUUUACUUAUACAGGAAUGGACUGCUUUGGUCCAUUCUAUACAAAACAAGGCCGGAAAGAAUUUAAGAGGUAUGGGUUGCUGUUCACGUGUCUGAGUUUAAGAGCCAUUCACUUAGAGAUGUUAGAGGAUCUCACAACUGAUGCAUUUCUGAAUGCUCUAAGAUGUUUCAUUGCAAUACGAGGAACAGUAAGACAGAUUAGAUCCGACCAAGGUACAAAUUUUGUGGGGGCAAAAAAUGAAUUGGAAAGGGGUUUGAUGGAAUUGGACAAAGAAAGGAUCUCUAUAUAUCUUGCAAGAAAACAAUGUGAUUUCCUGAUGAAUGUUCCCGAGGCAAGUCAUACUGGAGGUGUUUGGGAACGCCAGAUAAGAACAGUCAGGAGUGUGAUGAUUACUGUUCUUGCGCAAGCUAAAGGAAGACUUGAUGACACUUCAUUGAGAACUUUCUUCUAUGAGGCCAUGGCUAUUGUCAACAGCCGUCCGCUCACAACGAACACACUCAACGAUCCAAGAAGUAUGGAACCACUGACACCAAACCAUUUACUCACGAUGAAGUCCUCUGUGCCCCUUCCGCCUCCAGGCACCUUUGUUAGAGAAGAUUUGUAUGCCAGGAAAAGGUGGCGAAGGGUGCAAUACUUAUCAGAACAGUUUUGGAGCAGAUGGCGUAAGGAGUAUCUGGCUAAUAUAAGCCUCCGACAACAAUGGCAUGUGCCCAGAAGGAAUGUGCAAGUUGGAGAUGUCGUGAUUGUUAAGGAGGACAACAUUCCCAGAAAUGAGUGGAAGAUAGCCAGAGUUGUUGAAGCAAGUGCAGAUGAUGAUGGUUUAGUUCGAAAGGUUAAAGUUCAAAUAGGACAAAGUAAUUUAGGAAAGAAAGGUGAACGCUUGAUACAACCGUCAUUUCUUGAACGUCCAGUUCAAAAAAUAGUGGUACUUGUAGAGAAUAAUUCUUAAAUCCGCUUGGAAAUCCUCCCAGAACCUGGUUAGCUUGUUAUGUAACAUAGUAUGUAUAUGGGAGUUGAAAAUUGUGAAAAUUACAAGAUUUAUUUCAUUUGUGUUGCUAAUAUAAAUCUUUGUAAUUUGGUGGCAGUGUAGCUGUCGCCAGGAAAUUAGUUGCUUAUGUAUUUGUUUAAUGUUUAUUUGUAUUUUGUCCAGCGACUGUAUUUUGUUUAUUUUUGUUGCAAACAUGUUAUUGUUUGAAAUAUUAUUUGUAAAAGGUUUAAUUUAGAGUUUUCUGGUAACAGUGCCUCCUACUGUUCAGCGGAAAGAGCUACGUUUACGUGAUCAUGUGACCUAAAGUGAUGUGCAAUAAAAAAGACAAGGCUAGCAAGUAGAACGAAAAGGAGCUAAGAAAAGAAACUCAAAAAAGAGUGAAAGGAAGAGGUUAUAAUGUAGUAACGUCUCCUAAUUCUGAUCAGAAGGAGCACACGUUUUUCACGGUGUUUCACGGUAUUUGAAUUACCACGUCGAUGGAAGAAAAAAUUAAAAUUAUCGUGCUGAA